UUCUCUGCAGUUUCUUAAAUAUCUGAGCAGGCGAGGCAGUGAUGUCUUUGGUAUGGUUAGCCUAGCCUUCCUCGCUUCUUCUAAAUUGUAGUGUUUUGACUGCUAAAACCAGGUCUCUGUGUCUUCAUCUCCUUCUCCUCUUCGCACCCUCCUCAUCAUAACCACCCUCAGCUCCAGUGAUGGCCAGGUCUCACAGCGUUGUCUCGGUAAAGAUGUGGAUUAGACUGCCAGGGAACUGCUCAAGACAUGUAUAAGCGACGCAAUGGGCCAAGGCGACGAAAACGACCGUAUCGUGAUUAACGUGGGAGGGAUCCGGCACCAGACCUACCGAAGCACCCUUCGCACCUUGCCGGGAACCCGGUUAGCUUGGCUGGCGGAGCCCGACGCACACAGCCACUUUGACUAUGAUGCCAAGCUUGAUGAAUUUUUCUUUGACCGUCACCCGGGCGUCUUCGCCCACAUUCUUAAUUACUACAGGACCGGUAAGUUGCAUUGCCCUGCCGAUGUGUGCGGGCCAUUGUACGAAGAGGAGUUGGCGUUCUGGGGUAUCGACGAAACGGACGUUGAACCAUGCUGUUGGAUGACUUAUCGUCAACACCGAGAGGCCGAGGAGGCUUUGGAUAGCUUUGGGGGUGGGCCUGCUGAGAAUGGGUCUGAUGACACGGAAGCAGAUAUGUUAGGAGACCCGGGGGAUGGAGACGAUGAGAUGGAGAUGACCAAGAGGCUGGCCCUCGGGGACUCAGCGGAUGCCAAGGCGGGAUGCCAUUGGAGACGGUGGCAGCGGCGCGUUUGGGCACUCUUUGAAGAUCCAUACUCUUCUAAAUAUGCAAGGCGGGUGGCAUUUGCCUCUCUUUUCUUCAUCGUGGUCUCCAUCACGACGUUCUGCCUGGAGACCCACGAGGCCUUCAACCCCAUCAUCAACUACACGGACAUCGACCCCGUGGACAACAGCACCCGCGUGUACCAGGAGACGGAGACGGUGGUCUACCUCACCUACAUUGAGGGCGUGUGUGUGAUGUGGUUCACCUUCGAGUUCCUCAUGAGGAUCACCUUCUGUCCCAACAAGCUGGAGUUUGUGAGGAACACCCUGAACAUCAUUGACUUUGUGGCCAUCCUGCCCUUCUACCUGGAGGUGGGGCUGAGCGGCCUGUCGUCCAAGGCGGCCAAGGACGUCCUGGGCUUCCUCCGGGUGGUGCGCUUCGUCCGGAUCCUGCGCAUCUUCAAGCUGACCCGCCACUUCGUGGGCCUCCGCGUGCUGGGCCACACGCUGCGCGCCAGCACCAACGAGUUCCUCCUCCUCAUCAUCUUCCUGGCCCUGGGCGUGCUCAUCUUCGCCACCAUGAUCUACUACGCCGAACGCAUCGGAGCCUCGCCCAACGACCCGCGCGCCAGCGAUCACACGCAUUUCAAGAACAUCCCCAUCGGCUUCUGGUGGGCGGUGGUCACCAUGACGACGCUGGGCUACGGCGACAUGUACCCCCAGACGUGGUCGGGCAUGCUGGUGGGCGCGCUGUGUGCCCUGUCGGGGGUGCUGACCAUCGCCAUGCCCGUGCCCGUCAUCGUCAACAACUUCGGCAUGUACUACUCCCUGGCCAUGGCCAAGCAGAAGCUCCCCAAGAAGAAGAACAAACACAUUCCUCGAGCGCCCCAGCCCGGCUCCCCCAACUACUGCCGUUCGGGCCUCAACUCUCCACGCCCGAGCUUGCACAGCGACACGUGUUCCCAGCACGCCCCGCACAGUGAAACUUGCCCUCCCCACGUCACACGCAUCGACCCGAUCCCGCAACACGCCUCCUACAACGACACGUGCCCUCAGGCUACGCAGGAAGUCCAAGAAGUCAACAGGAUAGAUCCCAAAGUGAACGGGGAGGCUGCCAAAGCAGCACUGGCCAAUGAGGACUGUCCCCACAUCGACCAGGUGAUGUCACCUGAGGACGGCCAGGUGUUUAGCCCCGCCUCCGACCGGGACCAAACAUGCUUCCUGUUGGCCAUGGGAAAGAGACCUGGACUGUCAGGGGCGAGAGGGAGGAAGGCGUCUCGUCGCUCCGGCCGACCCCGACCGGACAAACGCACUUCCGACACACAUUCAGUGUGUGUUAUGAACCAUGGAGUCCCCACUACCCUGUGUACUGGACACAACCUGCCCUCCCCUACCUCCUAACCCUAACCCAUCCCCCUAUACUUCUCUUUGCUUCUUGCCUGUACUGCUGUCUUUGCCUUUCCUCCCUUGUCCCUUUUAACUGACCCGGACUCUCUCCUCUCCCUUCCCAUGCCCUCUCCCUGCCUUCUCCUCCUCUCUCCUCUCCUCUCCUCUCCCUUCCUUCUCCCUGCCCUCUCCCCCUCUCUGCUCUCCCUUCCCCUGCCCUCCCCUGCGCCUGCCAGUCUUCCUCCUCUGCUACUUUCGGUUGCAAGACUAGUUUUGUCGUGCAAGAUAUGUUGCCUUUUUUGCUGCACCUGUAUUACUUGACACAUUCCGUUGAGUUUAUUAGCUGCCACUGCUGAUGUUUUGUAAUUGUUUUUACUUGUAGUUUUAUUGAGUGUCUCUCAUAUCACAGUUACACCAACACACUAAGAAAAGAAGAGACUACUGGUAUGGGGGUGAGACUAUGCAUGGACUCAGCGUCUGCUGACAGAGAGAGGAUUUGUCAUCUUGAUAGUUGAUUUGCCAAAGGCCUCUUACUCUGGCCAUCACAACUUCUACACUUUGAAAAUGAUAGGAGAAACCAUAGAAAGUAGGAGAAACACUACUAAGCUGUGUGUUGUUGGUGUUCUGUUCUAUGUCUAUGGAGGGAAAACACGUAAACACUGCCUGUACUCUGUAUGCCAACCAGCAUCGACUGGGACCACAGGGGGAAGUUUUAGGGAUCAUGAGCAAGGUCUACACUGAACAGCAUGUGGGAACAUUCAUCUGAGCAGGACAAUAUGUCUUCAUAAAGAGAAACUUGAACUGAUAGCCUAGUUAGGACCAUUUAUAUAUUCAUAUCCAUGUUUUAAGUGUCAGUGUAAAAGACACUAUUCUAACCACUAAAGAUAUCCCCAUUUGACCAGGAGGCCAGAUAACUAGUGAAGCGGAUGGAGAGAGGAGUUUAAGUAUAGAUGGACUGGAAGGUUUAUUAGGUUGGAGGGAAGGUGGAGGUGAGUGGAGGAGAUGAGGCUGUUUCGGGGGUAGGUCUGAGUGUGACAUUUGAAGGGACGGUCCACCAUAAAAGAGCUGCAUGAGUGACUGGAUGUAGGAAGAAAAGAAAAAACACGUAGAUUGAUUGUGCCCUGCUUGCCGACCUUUUCUUACAGCAAUUUCUUUCCUAGCUGAUCAACAGCUUUUUAUGACAUUUGGAUAAGUCGACCACAAGAAAAAGACAAAUUAAAUAAAACGUAACAACUUAA